GAGGCGGCAGUGCCAGCAGCGACGCCCGGGGAAGCCCGCGCCCGCCUGCGCCUCCGCGGCGCGCCCAGGGAGCGGAGCGGCCCCGCGGCGCCGCCCCAGGCCAGAGGCGAGCGCAGGGCGCCGAGAGCCCGGAGCCGGCCGGCCGCGGAGAGCCCCAGCAGCGGCGGGAGCGCGGGGGCGCGGCCGGAGGAGGCGGCCGAGCGAGCGGGGCCUGGGCAGACGCGGCAUUCGGGGCUGCUUGGCGGGAGACAAAGCCGCGGCCGGGAGACGCGCAAUGCCCGCAGAUCGCAAGCCCCGCCGGCGAGGGCGCGGAGCCCGCGGCGUUUGAGCGCGUCCCGGGGACGCCGAGGCCCGGGCGGGUGCGGGCGGCGGGCGGGGCCCAGGUGCGCCCGGCCGCGUCGGGCCCGUGACUGCUCGGGGGGCGGCGCCCUCCCGCCGCAGCCGCAGUGGCCGGCGCCGCAGCGAGGAGCCAUGGGCAACAUCUCCUCCAACAUCUCGGCCUUCCAGUCCCUGCACAUCGUCAUGCUGGGCUUGGACUCGGCCGGCAAGACCACGGUGCUCUACCGGCUCAAGUUCAACGAAUUCGUGAACACGGUGCCCACCAUCGGCUUCAACACGGAGAAGAUCAAGCUGAGCAACGGCACGGCCAAGGGCAUCAGCUGCCACUUCUGGGACGUGGGCGGCCAGGAGAAGCUGCGGCCGCUGUGGAAGUCCUACAGCCGCUGCACGGACGGCAUCAUCUACGUGGUGGACUCGGUGGACGUGGACCGGCUGGAGGAGGCCAAGACGGAGCUGCACAAGGUGACCAAGUUCGCCGAGAACCAGGGCACGCCGCUGCUGGUCAUCGCCAACAAGCAGGACCUGCCCAAGUCGCUGCCGGUGGCCGAGAUCGAGAAGCAGCUGGCGCUGCACGAGCUCAUCCCGGCCACCACCUACCACGUCCAGCCGGCGUGCGCCAUCAUCGGCGAGGGCCUCACCGAGGGCAUGGACAAGCUCUAUGAGAUGAUCCUGAAACGCAGGAAGUCCCUCAAGCAGAAGAAGAAGCGGUAAUGCGCCGGCAGCGCUCGGAGCGAGGGGCAGCGGCGAGUGAGUCAAGAAUGAAUGAAUGAAUGGAUGAACGGCUGGCUGGCUGGAUGGGUGCGCGAGAACCCGCGCCGGCGAACAAAGACAGCGAACCAAAGCGAUGCUUCGAAUUUUUAGAACGGAAUCCCCGCACCCAAAUGCGGGGUUGGUGACUUAACCUGGGCGUGAAGGCUGCUUUCCUAGCCUGCUCGGCCUGCCCCCACCCCCAGCUCAGGGGACCUUUUGUCUGUACGAGAGCUACUGAUGGGGUGGGCGGCCGCGGUGGGGAGGGGAAGUGCCGGCCCUGCUGUCCGCCCUCCCGGCCCCAGGUGGAAGACUCAGAUGUCAGAGAGACAAAAGCGAUUUCUUCCUACUCCUGCGGGGCCAGAGUUCAGACUGCCCCGCCCCCGCUGGGGGAUCGCACCUGGGAGUCACCUGAGGUAUGCAUUCCCAGAACCCUGAGCUACCCAUCUGGGGGGCAUGUUGGCAGUGGGGGGUCUUGGGGAGAACACCUCUCCUUGCAUUCAGGGGCUGUGGAAGCUGAAUAAUUUUAUGUCACAGGGCAGGCCCCUGUUGAAAUUUCAUUUGUCCUGUUCUGGGCCCAGAGGAGAUGGUGGUUUGGGCCAUCAGAGGACUGCCUGGGACAAUGCAGCAGCCAGAGGGCACCGGGCACUGUGCUGGCCUUGGCUGGGAAUGGCCUCGAAGAUGCCCCUUUCCUGGUGCUUUGUGGUGGCUACAGAAGACCAGUUUUGUUGAGAACUGCUUUUCAGCCUGGAAUCAGACAUCUUCCAGAUGGUUUGGACCCUGUCCGUGUGUAGGUCAUUAUCACACAAAGAGACCAAUAAAAAUUAAAAAAAAAAAAAACUGUUGGAGGUGGUGGCAAAUGAUGCAUUUACUGUUUGCAAGAUAGUUAAAGGUGUUUAAAGGGUAAGGCUCUUGGCGUAAAUGCUGGAUGGAGUGUGUGUGUGUGGAUACAGGGACCUCCCUCUGUACUGUGUAAUUGGGGUAAAUACCCAGACCUAUAUGUGUGGAAUUUUAAAUUCUCUUAGCCUACUGAUUGGUUUGGAUGAGCACACCAGCUGCAGAUGUGUGCUGAAUUGCAAGAUGGUUUUUUUUUUUGCAAGGGGUGUCUCUUGCAAUACUAACCGCGUGAUUAUGGGUUUUCAGACAUGUUUUAAAAAAAACUUUUACAAAUGAAUACUCACCUUAGAAAUAUUCACCUUAGGAAAAAAGACUUUGCUCUGCCCUUUUAUAUCCCUUUAUGGCAAGUGGUGACAUGUUCAGAAUUCUAAUUUGGUUCAUUGUGGCCUAUCUGGUUAAGUAUUUCAUUAAAAAUGUCUCCUUAGAGUAUUUGAUGUCAUAUACACCAAAAAAUAAAACCCCACCUUGUUGCAAAAGCCAGACCUCGUUGCAUGGAUUUAAAAGGGAAGGAAAAACACAAGGAUGAAGCCCCUCCGAAUUCAUUCUUGUGGGAACUGGCCUUCCUAGCCAGCCAGCACUUUGGGCAAAUGCAAACAACAACGAGUGCUUGAGAUAAAAGAAAGCAUGUGACGUAAUGGUCACUGGUACUCAGGCACUUUACAGUUUACUUGAAAGAAGCUUUGGAAAAUAGGUAAAGUGAAAGAAGAAUAAAUACAUAUUUUUAAUAAUGUAAUUUAAAAAAUCCUUUAUGAUCAGGACUGAGUCUUGGUUUGCAGAAGCUGUCAUUUACGCUGCAACACAGUAUCAAAAGGGAAACUUAAAACUUACUGUUUGAUUUUUUAAAUUUCCUCUUAGAAUCCAUAUUUUCAGAUAGAAUUAUGAUUUCCCCGGAUGUUAUACAUUUCUUUCCAAAGGAGGUCCAUAGAAAUUGGACAUGAUCAUGCUUGAGCAUGUGAUUUAGUCAAAUUUUAAGUCCAUGCCUAUUGUCCAUUACACUCUGAAAGUUAAUUUAAGAACCAGAGGCAGAAGUUCUGGCUUCCUGCUUGAAACCCAAUUCUUAUAUGAAAUUCUGUAAAAGCGGAAACCUAGCAGCCCAUCUACUUUUUCUCUUUUGUCAAUAUAUUUGGUACCCCUCCGAUGCUGGUCUUUUUGUAGAAACUCAGUAGAGAAAGUAUAGCUACGCAAUGUUGAAAGCCUGCCAGAUUUCAGUUUACAUAUCGACAGCAUAGUCACUGAUUUCUAAAUGGGCUGGUCCCAUCAUCGAAGAUUCUGUAUAGAAUUAUAGAAAAAAAAAAUCCAUCUUUCUUUAUUUUCUUCACAUGCAACAAUUUCUUAAGCACUUUGACAUUUUGGUAGUUCCACACUAUUGAAAGAAUAAUAUAUUUAUUUUGUGACAUUGCAGAUGCCAAAUACUGUAACCUUCUUGUGCUAACGAUACCUAGGUUCAAGAUCACUGUUCAAAUCCUGUCAUGCUUUAAAAAUGAUGCAAGAUGAUUUUGUUUUUUGCAUUAUUGAUACUUAAGGGUGCAAUCAACUGUUAGUAAUUGUGCAGUAAAGUAAAGCCCUGUGGUGUAUCAACUAAUAGUUAAGAGUCUCAGUUGAUUUCUGUACUGUUUGACCUAAUAAUAGCCCAUUUUGUCUCUGACCCAACAGAGGAAGCACAGAUAAAAUCACCUUGGAGUAGUCAUGGAGGAGGGAGUCCUCCCAGUGUGUCAGUCAGUGAUUUAUCAUGCCUUCUGCCCUUUGGAGAAUGAAUGGGUUUCACAUAGAGGAAGCUGGCCUCCCCAAGUGAGCUUUUGAAAUGUUUUCUAGUAGACACAGGGAGGCCAAUUUUGUUUCUGAACAGUUUUCUUCACAAAUUCUCUGUUAUGGUGUUGGGACCGUGUCCCCCAGUUUCAGUUUUCCUUUCUACUGCUGUAGUUCUCUGUCUUGACCGUCCUCCUCUUUUGUUUCCAUAGCCUUUUAUAAUGCAUAUACGAUGCUGUGAACAGAAAUAAAUUAUUUAUACAAUCAAA